AUGCGAAAGGCGGAAAUUUACAUAGUAAUACCUUACGUCGCACCGGAAAUAUUUCAAGAUGCUAUAUUUUCAAAAGAACCUGAAAUCACAAUUGAUACUCCUGAGUGUUUCGCUAAUUUAAUGAAAAGUCGUUGGGAUUCCGAUCUCUUAAAGAGACCUUCCAUAGCAGAAAUUAAAGAAAUCAUUGAUGGAACAACGAACAGGAUUAAUACAAUUGAAACAACUUGGACCAAUGAAAAACAACAUCCUGGCGCUAUUUAUACUAGUAGGCCUAUAAAAUCUCAUAUUUCUCAAGUUUCAUCUUUUAAUUCGUCAUCGACUAUUUCGAAUCAAGUAUACACUUCGGAAAUACUCAAAGAUAAACCAUUUUUAAAUCUUCAAGGUCUUCGUCUAAUCAAAUCAUCAUCUGGAUAUAUUUCAAACGAUUUAGAUUUUUGAUAUAGAAAUAAAUACUCAAAGACUAACCACGUUUGUCGACAAUCUGCUUAAAACAAGUCUAAAUAUCACAUGAACUCCCUCAGAUAAUAUAUUGGAUGAAGAGUGCUUCAUUUUAAUUAACUAUCCGUGUCUCUUCAUAGUGUCCUUUUCGGAGAACAUUAACGAUUUGCUCGAUGUUAUUAAUCCGAUCAAGAAUUCCCUGCGAUACAAUUGUGUAGUUAUAAUAUAUUCUUACGUAACAAAUGGAUCUACUUAGUUAUUUAUAUUAUUUAUAUGACUUCAGACUCUGAUUACUUGCGGAAUUUCAAUUAGUUCAUCAAUCGCAUCAAUCAGUAAUGAUAAAAUAAAAUAAAUUGCGUAUUACAAAUCCCGUUU